GGCGCAUGCUCCGUGAAGGUCCCGGCCCGGCGUACCCCGCGUCUACGCCAGUCCGGGGGCCCCACAGAGUCCCGGCGGGGCCGCGGGCAUGGCGGCCAGCCUGUGGAUGGGCGACCUGGAGCCCUACAUGGAUGAGAACUUCAUCUCCAGAGCCUUUGCUACCAUGGGGGAGACAGUGAUGAGCGUCAAAAUUAUCCGAAACCGCCUCACUGGGAUCCCGGCUGGCUACUGCUUUGUAGAAUUCGCAGAUUUGGCCACAGCUGAGAAGUGUUUGCAUAAAAUCAACGGGAAGCCCCUUCCAGGAGCCACACCUGCAAAGCGUUUUAAACUGAAUUAUGCCACUUAUGGGAAACAGCCAGAUAAUAGCCCUGAAUACUCCCUCUUUGUGGGGGAUCUGACCCCAGAUGUGGAUGAUGGCAUGCUGUAUGAGUUCUUCGUCAAAGUCUACCCCUCCUGUCGGGGAGGCAAGGUGGUUUUGGACCAGACAGGCGUGUCUAAGGGUUAUGGUUUUGUGAAAUUCACAGAUGAGCUGGAACAGAAGCGAGCCCUGACAGAGUGCCAGGGAGCCAUAGGACUGGGGUCUAAACCAGUGCGGCUGAGCGUGGCCAUCCCCAAAGCGAGCCGUGUGAAGCCAGUGGAAUAUAGUCAAAUGUACAGUUAUAGCUACAACCAGUAUUACCAGCAGUACCAGAACUACUAUGCCCAGUGGGGCUAUGACCAGAACACAGGCAGCUACAGCUAUAGUUAUCCCCAGUAUGGCUACACCCAGAGCACCAUGCAGGUAACCAUGAUUUGGCCAGUCUGGCCCCGCAUCCUCUAGAGACGUGGGUGAUUCUCCAGGAUGGGGUGGUUAAGGACAGGAGCUUGCGCUUCAGAAAGACAGAGGAAAAGAUGAAGCAGCGUAAUUCCUCUUAUUAAAAAGAAGCCAUCCUAGUCAUGGGCUAGGCUUUCACCAUGCUUCUCACCCACCUCUCUGGUCUCUUGGCAGACAUAUGAAGAAGUCGGAGAUGAUGCAUUGGAAGACCCCAUGCCGCAGCUGGAUGUGACCGAGGCCAACAAGGAGUUCAUGGAGCAGAGCGAGGAGCUGUAUGAUGCGCUGAUGGACUGUCACUGGCAGCCUCUAGACACAGUGUCUUCAGAGAUCCCUGCCAUGAUAUAGCCAGGACAAAGGACAAGCCAGAAUGGACUUGUGAGGGAGAGAAGAGACUCCUUUUUUUAUUACUGCAAGACUUUUUUUUUUAAUGUUUCAUAAAGAUUUUAGUAAUCAACCGUUCCUGCGAUUUUUUUUCCUCUUAACACUGCUGCCUUCAUUUGAGUUUGAAAACCCAUGGACCAGUUGGAAGAGGGUUGAAUGAGGUUUAUCUUUGAACAGUACUCUCAUUUCUCCAGAUGAUGUCACCUACACUCCUGGACAUAAUGAUUAACCAAGAUGGGUCAUAAGUUACUAAGCCAACUUCUUAGGAAAGUUCACCUUUAAGGUUGUGAUUACCUGCUGGGAUAGUGUCUUCAGGUUUCCUUUCCCCCUACAAAUUUGCUUCAAAUCUGGUGGCUAGGAAUUCAUUACUUGAACUGGGGAGUGAAAUUGCAGGGCCCAUCUGUCUGCAAUGCCAGAGACCCCGGUUUGAUCCCUGGGUCAGGAAGAUCCCCUGGAGAAUGAAAUGGCAGCUCAAGCCCUAAGUCCCAUGGACAGAGGGGCCUGGAAGGCUACAGCCCAUGAGCGACUUAAAUUUCAGUUUGAAUGGUCAAAGUGUUCAGGCUUCUCUGUCCAUGAAAAUUUUCAGGCAAUACUGGAGCAGAUUGCCAUUUCCUCUUUCAGGGGAUUUCCCCCUCCCAGACAUCAAAUCACCUCCUGUAUUGGCAGGCAGAUUCUCUUACCACUGUGCCACCUGGGAAGGUAGCAGUGUUGGAACCAGCUUAUUUUAGACCAAAAAGGCCUAGACUGUUUGAGGUACAAGAUGGUGCCAUGUAUGUACCAAUGCCACCUCUUAAGAAAAUGUUAAAACUAAAGUACAUAAAUUAUAUUAAACCAA